CCGCCGCCGCCGCCGCCCGCGUCUCCGUCGCCGCGCGCCUGAGCCGCCGUCGCCGCCGCGCGCCCUGCCUGGGGGCGGCCCCCCCAGCCCCAUGGAGGUCUCCCGGAGGAAGGCACCGCCGCGCCCCCCGCGCCCCGCCGCGCCGCUGCCCCUGCUCGCCUAUCUGCUGGCGCUGGCGGCGCCAAGCCGGGGCGCGGACGAGCCCGUGUGGCGGUCGGAGCAAGCCAUCGGAGCCAUCGCGGCGAGCCGGGAGGACGGCGUGUUCGUGGCGAGCGGCAGCUGCCUGGACCAGCUGGACUACAGCCUGGAGCACAGGCUCUCGCGCCUGUACCGGGACCAAGCGGGCAACUGCACGGAGCCCGUCUCGCUGGCGCCCCCCGCGCGGCCCCGGCCGGGGAGCAGCUUCAGCAAGCUGCUGCUGCCCUACAGCGAGGGGGCGGGCGACCUCCAGGGGCUGCUGCUCACCGGCUGGACCUUCGACCGGGGCGCCUGCGAGGUGCGGCUCCUGGGCAACCUGAGCCACAGCUCCCUGCGCAACGGCACCGAGGUGGUGUCGUGUCACCCGCAGGGCUCGACGGCCGGCGUGGUGUACCGCGCGGGGGACCAGAACCGCUGGUACCUGGCCGUGGCCGCCACCUACGUGCUGCCGGAGCCCGAGACGGCGAGCCGCUGCAACCCGGCGGCGUCCGACCGCGACACCGCCAUCGCCCUCAAGGACACGGAGGGACGCAGCUUGGCCACGGAGGAGCUGGGCCGCCUCAAGCUGCGCGGGGGCGCGGGCAGCCUGCACUUCGUGGACGCCUUUCUCUGGAACGGCAGCGUCUACUUCCCCUACUAUCCCUACAACUACACGAGCGGCGCCGCCACCGGCUGGCCCAGCAUGGUGCGCAUCGCGCAGAGCGCCAAGGUGCUGCAGUUCCAGGGCCAGGCGGCCCUCGACUGCGGCCACGGGCACCCCGACGGCCGGCGCCUGCUCCUCUCCUCCAGCCUGGUGGAGGCCCUGGGCGUCUGGGCGGGCGUGUUCAGCGCGGCCACCGGGGAGGGCCAGGAGAGGCGCUCCCCCGCCACCACGGCGCUCUGCCUCUUCAGGAUGAGUGAGAUCCAGGAGCGCGCCAAGAGCUGCCCCUGGGACUUCCAGACGGCCGAGCACAACUGCAAAGAAGGGGAGCAACCUGAGAGAGUCCAACCAAUCGCCUCAUCUACCUUGAUCCAUUCCGACCUGACAUCCGUUUAUGGCACCGUGGUAAUGAACAGGACUGUUUUGUUCUUGGGGACAGGAGAUGGCCAGUUACUUAAGGUUAUUCUUGGUGAGAAUUUGACUUCAAAUUGUCCAGAGGUUAUUUAUGAAAUUAAAGAAGAAACACCUGUUUUCUACAAACUGGUUCCUCAUCCUAAGAAGAAUAUCUACAUCUAUCUAACAGCCGGGAAAGAGGUGAGGAGAAUUCGUGUUGCCAACUGCAGUAAGCAUCAAUCCUGCACCGAGUGUUUAACGGCAGCAGACCCUCACUGCGGUUGGUGCCGUUUGCUACAAAGGUGUACUUUUAAAGAAGAUUGUGUACAUCCAGAGAACUAUGAAAACUGGCUGGAUAUUUCAUCGGGAGCCAAAAGAUGCCCUCAAAUUAACCUAUUUCGAAGCAGUAAAGAUGAGACUACAGUCACUGUGGUGGGAAGCUUCCCUCCCAGACGCUCGGAGUGGGAGUGUGUGGUGAAGAACCUGGACACAGGCAGGCAGCUCUGCAGGGGUAAAAGUCCGCCAGGCAAGACCUGCACGUGCAGCAUCCCCACCAGAGCGACCUACAAAGAUGUUUUGGUUGUCAACGUGACAUUCUCCGUCGGUUCUUGGCAUUUAUCAAAAAGAUUCAACUUUACCAACUGCUCGUCAUUAAGAGAAUGCCCAAUAUGUAUUGGAACUGGCUGUGCUUGGUGUAAAAGUGAGAGAAGGUGUAUCCACCCCUUCACAGCUUGUGACCCUUCUGAUUACAAGCAAAACCAGGAACACUGUCAGGUUGCUGUUGAGAAACGGACGCCACCCAAGACAGCAGGAGGAGGAAGAUUCAUGGAGAAUAAGAGUAAUAGGACCCAUCAGGGCUUGCAGGUCUUUUACAUUAAGUCCAUUGAGCCACAGAAGAUAUCGACUUUAGGGAAAAGUAACGUGAUCGUCACGGGGGCAAACUUUACCCAGGCAUCCAACAUUACGAUGAUCCUGAAAGGAACCAGUACUUGCGAGAAGGAUGUGAUACAGGUUAGCCAUGUGCUAAAUGACACCCAUAUGAAAUUCUCUCUACCAUCAAGCCGAAAAGAAAUGAAGGAUGUGUGUAUCCAGUUUGACGGCGGGAACUGUACAUCUGUGGGACCCUUGUCGUAUAUUGCUCUGCCACACUGUUCCCUCAUAUACCCUGCCACCACCUGGAUCAGUGGUGGUCAAAAUAUAACUAUCGUGGGCAGAAAUUUUGACGUAAUUGACAACUUAAUCGUUUCACAUGAGUUAAAAGGAAACAUAAAUGUCUCUGAAUAUUGUAUGGCGAAUUCCUGCAGGUUUUUAGCCCCCAGUUUAAAGAGUUCAAAAGCGCGUACAAACGUCACUGUGAAGCUGAGAGUCCAGGAGACCUACUUGGACUGCGGAAGCCUGCAGUAUCUUGAGGACCCCAGGUUCACAGGGUGUCGGGUCGAACCCGAGGGGGACACAGAACUGGAAGUGAAAAUUCAAAAAGAAAACGAUGAGUUCAACAUCUCCAAGACAGACAUUGAAAUCACCCUCUUCCACGGGGAAAAUGAGCAAUUAAAUUGCAGUUUUGAAAAUAUUACGAGAAAUCAAGAUCUCACCAUCAUCCUUUGCAAAAUUAAGGGCAUCAGUAACGCAAACAGCAUUGACACCUCUUCCAAGAAAGUUCGCGUCAAACUGGGAAACUUGGAGCUCUACGUUGAGCAGGAAACAGUUCCAACCACUUGGUAUUUUCUGAUUGUGCUUCCCGUCUUGCUAGUGAUUGUCAUCUUUGCGGCUGUGGGGGUAACCAGGCACAAAUCGAAGGAGCUGAGCCGCAAACAGAGCCAACAGCUGGAGCUCCUGGAGAGUGAGCUCCGGAAAGAGAUACGUGAUGGCUUUGCUGAGCUGCAGAUGGAUAAAUUGGAUGUGGUUGAUAGUUUUGGAACUGUUCCCUUCCUUGACUACAAACAUUUUGCUCUGAGAACUUUCUUCCCCGAGUCAGGUGGCUUCACACACAUCUUCACUGAAGAUAUGCAUAACAGAGAUGCCACUGACAAGAAUGAAAGUCUCACAGCUUUGGAUGCCCUGAUUUGUAAUAAAAGUUUCCUUGUUACUGUCAUCCACACCCUUGAGAAGCAGAAGAACUUUUCAGUGAAGGACAGGUGUCUGUUCGCCUCCUUCUUGACCAUUGCACUGCAAACCAAGCUGGUCUACCUGACCAGCAUCCUGGAGGUGCUGACCAGGGACUUGAUGGAACAGUCCAGUAACAUGCAGCCUAAACUCAUGCUAAGACGCACGGAGUCUGUGGUAGAAAAACUCCUCACAAACUGGAUGUCUGUCUGCCUUUCUGGUUUUCUGCGGGAAACUGUUGGAGAGCCGUUCUAUUUGCUGGUGACGACUUUGAACCAGAAAAUAAACAAGGGUCCCGUGGAUGUAAUCACCUGCAAAGCCCUGUACACCCUGAACGAAGACUGGCUGCUGUGGCAGGUUCCAGAGUUCAGUACUGUGGCAUUAAACGUCAUCUUUGAAAAGAUCCCGGAAAAUGAGAGUGCAGAUGUCUGUCGGAACAUUUCAGUCAAUGUUCUUGAUUGUGACACCAUAGGCCAAGCGAAAGAAAAGAUUUUCCAGGCUUUCCUAAGCAAAAAUGGCUCUCCUUAUGGACUUCAGCUGAAUGAAAUUGGUCUCGAGCUGCAAGUGGGGACACGACAAAAAGAACUGCUGGAUAUUGACAGUUCAUCUGUGAUUCUCGAAGAUGGAAUAACUAAGCUAAAUACCAUCGGCCAUUACGAGAUAUCAAAUGGAUCCACUAUAAAGGUCUUUAAGAAGAUAGCAAAUUUUCCUUCAGAUGUGGAAUACUCAGAAGACCACUGCCAUUUGAUUUUACCAGAUUCCGAAGCAUUCCAAGAUGUGCAAGGAAAAAGACAUCGAGGAAAACACAAGUUCAAAGUAAAAGAAAUGUAUCUGACAAAGCUGCUGUCGACCAAGGUGGCAAUUCAUUCUGUGCUUGAGAAACUUUUUAGAAGCAUUUGGAGUUUACCCAACAGCAAAGCCCCAUUUGCUAUAAAAUACUUUUUUGACUUUUUGGAUGCCCAAGCUGAAAACAAAAAAAUCACAGAUCCUGAUGUCGUACAUAUUUGGAAAACAAACAGCCUUCCUCUUCGCUUCUGGGUAAACAUCCUGAAGAACCCUCAGUUUGUCUUUGACAUUAAGAAGACACCACACAUAGACGGCUGUUUAUCUGUGAUUGCCCAGGCAUUCAUGGACGCAUUUUCUCUCACAGAGCAGCAACUCGGGAAGGAAGCACCAACUAAUAAACUUCUCUAUGCCAAGGAUAUCCCAACCUACAAAGAGGAAGUAAAAUCGUAUUACAAAGCAAUCAGGGAUUUGCCUCCAUUGUCAUCUUCAGAAAUGGAAGAAUUCUUAACUCAGGAAUCUAAGAAACAUGAAAAUGAAUUUAAUGAAGAAGUGGCCUUGACAGAAAUCUACAAAUACAUCGUAAAAUAUUUUGAUGAGAUUCUAAAUAAACUAGAAAGAGAACGAGGGCUGGAAGAAGCUCAGAAACAACUCUUGCAUGUAAAAGUCUUAUUUGAUGAAAAGAAGAAAUGCAAGUGGAUGUAAGCACUCUGGGGACUGGCUUAAUCUGGCAAAAUUCUUCAGACAACUUGGGAGCAAAAUGGCUGCUUGAGCUACUCUGUGUCGUUAAUUUUUAAAGUUUGCACAUAGGUUCCACUUUGAGCACUGUCUUUUAGAGACCAAGGCACAUGCACAGCUUUUAGAAAGCAUACCAACCACUGUGCCUGUGCAUAUACUGUGGGAACCUUUCUGUAAAUAGAGUCGAAGUGGUUGUUGCAAACAGCCUCCUUGUUUACAGAGAAUACAGGGCCAGUAAGCAAGUGUCAGUUAACUACAGUCUUCACUUAAGCACAAUGACAGCAGUGGUUUUGUGUCUGAAAACUACAGUUAUGUAGCACUUGUGACUACACUGCACCUCUGCAGAAAAGGGACACUGCCAGUGAUCACAAGAAAAUGUGAAAUGAGUCAUUUGGAAACAAGGUGGGAGUGUUAGGGCAACCUCGAGGAUUUGCAGCAUUGAAACUUUCCCCAGUAGUUCUUGGAAAAGCUGACCACAGAAUUUGGUAGUGUGUACACUUAGCAUUCGUGAGUGUGUGUGUGUGUGUGUUUUUAAACCAAAAACUGACAGUGUUGCAACAUUGUUGAAAGGGCUCGUGUUUUUCAGUGGUCGCCAACUGCACUCCAUCAACUCACCUCCAUCUCACGAAGGAGCUCUAAAGCAAGGAGAGUGAGGAGGCUUUAUUUAAAUGCAACAGCAUUUUACCCACUUUGUCCUGAUGUGUUCCUUUUUUUCAUUUUUUCAUACUAAAUGUAUUUGAUAGUGGACAUGUUGGCUAUUGUAAAACAAAACAAAACAUCAUUAGUUUAUUUCUGUCUAAAAACUUUGAUCAGAACUAUCUGUAGAAGAGUAACUCCCUCCCCUAAUCCUACAUUUCUAUACUUGGUGUCUCCUUGCUUUAGAUUUCUGGUGAACCCUGUGGUUAUAAAUACUUGUGUGUGAUUUAAAAAAAAAAAAAAUACAUUUUACAUUUCAUGAAAUUGCUGUUCACACUGGAGUACUAUAUAUGAAUAUAUAUAUUUGAGGCCCAAGGCCUGAAAAAUAUUAGUAUACAACUUGGUAUCUUAGUCUUACUAUGUACUUUUUGAAAGUAUUCCUCACAAGAGAAAGAAUUCAAAAUACCCAUUUUAUUCAUACCUUUCUUUUUAAAGAAUUCCCUAUCCAGUUAUAUUGUAACUGUAGUCUUUUUAUUGAUUUUUUUAUUCCUGAAUUUUUGCUGCUCAUGACCAAUUUUAAUACCACUGUGUUUUCCUUCUAUUAAAUCAAAAGUAAAAAAUGUAAUUGGCAACUCUCAACCUUCCUUGUGGCACCUUUUACCCUUGGUGUUCCAAAUCCCAGAUUAAGGAAAGACAUUUUUUCAAGUAGCAAAUAAAACAUUGAUCAUAUAUUCCUUAAAAUCUUUUUACCAACGUUGUAUGGGAUAUCAGGAUUUAAAUGUGAAUUUGUCUUCGAAAAUGAAAUUCUUUUUGCUCCUCAGUAUCUGGCAAAGAGUAAGAGGUGAUACCUCAACAAAAUGAUCAAAUAAGCAGUUAUUACCCUGAUAGGCACCUUCCCAAUCCUGUCACUUUUGACCACUGUCUGUCCAAUGGACACACCUCAAAAAUACUACCAAAUAGGUUACUUACAAGUAUAAAGGUGAGAGGUCUGGUCCCCAUCUAAGGCUGCUACAGUCUUGAUGUGAAGGCAUUCAUAAGAGAGUAACAGGAGGACAGUUGAGAGCCAAGGGUAGGAGAGUUGCCCAAAAAACUUCCCCUUCUUUAGGGUACAGAAAUGCUAAGAAAAGGAUCAGCUACAGCUUUAAGUAUUCAGUAAAUGCUACAUGAGGGUGUCCCUGUCCAGCUCUCUGGCACAUGAGUCCCAUGUGGAGCCUUACCUCCUCUUGCAGGGACGAUGCUGCUGGGAACUUUGGGCAAGUCACUUACCUCUUUGUGCCUCAAUUUCUAAUAUUUCUAACCUACCUCAUUGAGGUGGUGUGAAGAUUCACUAAUGUAUGUAGCGUGUUUGUCAAUCCUCCAGUGAAAAGCACUAUCUAGAUCACAUUUUGGAUCACAUUAGCCAAAUGCAGUAAUGGCCAAAUUAGAUGUGUGCUGAAGACAAUCAGUCACUGGGUCUAUAUUAAACUGCAACCAGAGAAAUAAAUGGCAAACAAUUUCUAUUUUCAAGUUUCUUUGCAUAUUUUUUUGGUGCAAACCAUUUAUAAACUUUUUUUUCUAACACUAGUGUCUACAGCAGCAUUUAAAAAUUAAUUCUGUUACCUUUUCCGUAUUAGGGAUUUAAAGUCUAUUUCUUACUGUAUACCUGAUUGAAGUUGUACUUGGAGAUGAAUGUUUUAAAUGUCUAUAUCCAAAAAUAAACAUUUUGAUGUAAAUGUGGACUGUCUUUUUUUUUCCUUCAAAUGUUCUAGUUAUAAUAGAUUUUUUAUUCUAAGUAGCUCCACGGAAAUUAUCUAGGUGCCAACGCGAAUGUGAGUAAGCAGCUCUGUAUGUAGUAAGUACAUCUAGUUUCUUCUAAAUGAUGCUAAGGAAUGCUCAUUUACAUCCCUGGCCUCCACUAUCUACCUGGACUUUUUGAUCCUGAAGACUUCUGGAUAAUGAACAUUCCACUUAGUUUGGCAGACUUGAGCUGUGCCUUGUUGACGUGAAGUUAUUCCAGCAGAAUUCCUUUAAAAGAGGUUAGGGAUACACAGAAAUAAAACAUUUAUAAUAAUUUGGUUAGAUCCAAAACAGUGGGAGGCAACAUUAAAUACCAACAAUAUUUCUAAGGGACCCCAUGGGGUUCAAGUUUUACAACGAAUGGCCCUUGUUUUAUACGGUCACGGGUUUAUUUGUACUUUGUGGUUUUGGGUUAGAAUAGAAAAUAACAAUGAGACUGUGACAUUGCUAAAUACACAAUGUAUGGUCAAGAUUAAGACAAUAAAGAAAAAUAUUUAUUAAGCUCUUUAAUUAUUUGACAGAGAGAUAGACAGAAGAGCACAAGCAGAGGGAAUGGCAGAGGGAGAGGGAGAAGCAGGCUCCGCACUGAGCAGGGAGCCUGAUGCGGGACUCGAUCCUAGGACCCUGGGAUCAUGACCUGAGCCGAAGGCAGAUGCUUAACCAUCUGUGCCACCCAGGCGCUCUGCACACAGCUUUUAGAACGGUAGCAUUUGAUAAUAUUUAUAUAUCUUCAAGUUUUGUUUUUUAAUGCUUUUAAGUCAUCUUUUUUCAAGAACUAGAGAACUCUUGUAUAUAAUAAACCGGAAAAUGUUUACUGACCCUAUUACUGCCAACUAUCUCAAAGAGGCAGAACGAAUUCAACAUAGGCAUAUUUCAGGCAAAAUGCCAAAAAAAAAAAAGCCAAAAAAUUUCAAAGUGAAAAUAAUUUAAAAACUUGAUUCCCUAA